GGGAGUCGCGAGGAAAACAAGCUCUGUUUGUUUAAUUAUUUUUGAUACCAUAGUCUUUAUAAUUAUAAUAACAUCAGAAACAUAUUCAUCUCUACACCUCUAUGUAUAUUAUGAGAACUAUAACCGGUGAUUUUAAGAUGUGUUCCUGUAAAAAAAGUACGAAUCAAGUGUGAGGCGGAUCAGAUAGAAUGCCGACAAGAUGAAGCUUUUGUCGCUGCUAUUUACGAUUAUCACGACAUGCUACGUCCCGAUUGUCUUCGCUCAGAAUGAAAAUUGUACGAGGCCUAAUUAUCGGUGUGACUACGAGUUAUCGGUGGAAAAACUUUCUGAGACUUUGGGAAAAAAGUUUAAUGAGAUAGUCGCAACGGAACUCUGCAGUGAUUAUUCCACGCAAUUCGAAGUACGCACCGCUUCGAAAGUGAGCCGAAAUCAACCCUCUGAUAAUGACCUGCUUUUCACUAUAGCCAGUAAAAUAAGCUACAAGCUCUCUUCUGCGGCUACAAUACUUAAAGAUAUGAGCAAAGCUAUUAACGGCAACAAUACUCCGUCCUUCACGUAUCCCUGUCCGUUCAACUCUAUACGUAAGUCAGUGUUUAUUAAAAAUGUUGAAUUAUUGGAAAAUAUGCCUUUGGAUCCUAAGUCCCAAAUGUUGGAGCGUUUCAAGGAUUUAAAAGUAAAACGACAGUAUUAUCUUUCACAUAUUGACUAUGCAACAGAUAAAGACUGUGUUACAAUGCCACACUCUAAUUUGAGAUAUCUAUAUCACAAGGUUGUGCACCCAGCCUCAAAAUUUGUUGUUUUUAUUAUUGAUAACAACAUGAGCUCAGCAUCAUUGCAGCAUGCAGUAAGAGUAGCGCGAGAGAUGGCCUAUGCUCUACAAAGCACUGAUGUUAUUGCGUUGAAGAUGACCAAUACUACUGGAUUUCUGAAAUUUGAUGACACAUGCAGUAAAGAUGGUGUAUCCAGCCUAGGCAAUGCUACAGACAACAACAAACUGCUAUUACGGGAGUACUUUUCAUUGCUGGACAUAGCUCCUACAAAUGUUUCGCCUCUGACUAUAAAUAAAGAACUAAAAGCUCUACUUGCUGAGAACUCAUUACCUACCAACAAGCUGUUCGUAUUUUUGACAGAUACUAAGAUUUUAAAGAAUGAAACAUGGCUGAAAGUCUUUCCUUAUUCAACAAAUGACCAUUACAUGAAGUUUGCCAUUGGUCUGAUAUAUGAAAAUGAUGCAGCUAGAAACAGUUCUUUGGGAAUAUUCCACAUGGAUAAGUGGCACAAUCACUCCAGCAACCACUCUGUGCUUAGGUUGCACAUAAACAACAGUGGUGUGGUGGGGCAAGUGGCAUCAGCAUUUAUUUCACUAUUACCUGAUAAAUAUCAAAUCAAUUUAAUCAUAACUGAAGGCCCACUUUGGGAAGCAACAGAAAGAGACUUUAUGGUGUCCUUGAUGCUGCCUAUAUCUUCUGGGAUUCUAGGAUUAGAUUUAUAUUGGUCUGAUCUUGCUGAGGACAUUAUAUACUUUAAGGAUUUAAAUUUACAAAAGAGAGCAUUUGUGAUGGAUUUUUCAGGUAAAGUUCUUAUGCACUCAUAUUUUCCAAGACCUGAGACAGCUUCUGAAAAAAUCAAAUUCACUCACUUGGAAAGUAUUGAGGCUUAUGACUUCAUUCACAGUGUAAAACAACAAAUGGUAUCCAAGAGUUCUGGUAACUUCACAGUGACUGAUCAGAGUUCUAGUAAGUCCAUUGCUUAUUCUUGGAGAUGGGUUGAAAAGUUGUAUAUUGUUUGUAUAGUUUCAGAAACAGUAGGAAAAAGUUUUUUUAACAAAACUAACAUUUCCCUUGCUAGAAGCAACAAAGAAAUAUUAUUUCAUAGAUUAGAUUUGUUUCCUCCAAAAAAUGGCAAAAUUUGUCGACAUUUCAAACAAAUAGCCACAAUUGAUCAAGGUACAGUUUAUUUGAGUCCAUCUAGCUUUCAGUCGCCAUUCACUUACUUGUAUGAUAUGGGGAAUGGCCAUGAAGCAGUUACAUAUAUGCAAAACUAUUUGGCAUAUUUGAAAAGUGUUGCUCAUGGUUUGCUCUCUAAUCCGGGAUUGAAAAAUGAAAUUCAGCAAGAUGUGGGAUUUCUUAAUUCUCUUUUGACUUUUUAUAAAAAUCAGCAUUUGCAUGGAACCUACUCCAAAUACAUAGUUAGAAGGUAUGCAGUAACUGAAAGUGGUGUACUUGUCAUGUAUCCUGGCACAGUUCUAGAAUAUGACUAUGAACCUGUUCGAAGACCCUGGUAUACCUAUGCCUUAGAAAACCCAGAUAAAAUUGUUCUUACUCCUCCAAAUUUAGAUGUGGGUGGAGCAGGGUAUGUGGUGUCAAUUUCUUAUGCUUUAAAAAGUCCUCUUCAUCCCACUAUGGUAGUCUCUAUGGAUGUCACCAUGGGCUUUCUUUAUAAACUCCUAAUUGAUAGCAUGCCUUUAUGUGAAAAGGCACAUAUUAAAUGCUUCAUUAUGAAUAACAGAGGCUACCUAGUUUCUCAUCCAGGCUUAAUGGAUCCUAACAGUUCCGGCCCUAUUGAACAGCAGCAUAUCACCCAUAAAGAGUCUAUGAUCGCAACAGACAUGCUUAAUCACAAAGGAUUUGUCACAAAAAGACUAUGCAGUAAUUUCUAUGAUAAGACUAUACAGAGGUUUUACGAAUUUAAUACUUCUCUCCCAAAUAUUCUUUCCAAUGCAGUGUCUGGAGACCACUGUGUUCAUUACUACAUUGCAGCCAUUCCUGGUACGAAUGCCUUUAUAGGUCUUGUAAACGCGUCUUGCGUUGCAGCCUCUUUUUGUCCCUGCAGUAUGGUGGAUAGGCUCUGUCUUAACUGCAAUCGGAUGGAACAGACAGACUGUGAGUGCCCUUGUGAAUGCACUUCUGAAAUUUACGAGUGUCCAAACACUAAUUUUACUAAGUUCAAUCAGGAGAUUCCCUUGUGCGGAAUGAUGCCAGAAAAUAAUAACCAUAAAUCGCAUUAUUUUCACAAUUUUGCUGAAACUUUGCAGGCCUGUUUCGAUUUUCAAUGUGAAACUUACUCAACGCGUUCAUCUUGCUUGGGUAUAUUAGGUUGUGAGUGGUGUCAGGUUGAUACAGAUGGGCAUUCCCAACUUUCGACGGCAUAUUGCACUCCUCAGUCUUCGUGCUUUAAUGGAGUUCUUGGUGCCGUUACCCCGUACGGCGAGGGCACCUUAGGUCACGUCAGUAGAGACGUGACAGGAAACUAUUUAGGUCCAAUUGCAGGUUGUAUUGUUACUAUUAGUCUAGUAAUAGCCGUUGCCAUAUAUUGCUAUAGGCAAAAUGUUACGACGGCCAGUUGCCAUAAUUUAUAUGUAGAUGGUCCUGCCGAAACUUGGCCGGAUGCAGACGUACAAAUGAGUAAUUUACAGUCUGAUGACACCCAUGACCUUUCCGGGCAAGAUAAACUAUUGCCAGCCAUGGAAAUAGAGGCCCCCAUUUCGCCAUACAGGGUAGUGACCGGUUACAGACGGCCCCACACGGCUGGAGGCUCAGAUCACGGGUAUUCUACGAUGACUCCUCAUGAGGACUCUGAAGCGACCGGAUUUUCGGUCAAUGAUCCAAUAAUUCUGUCAGAUGACACAAAAUCAGAUAUAAGCUGCCCACUUCCAGCUAAGAUUAAGCCCAGAUUAAAAGCUGGCGAUCUUAGCGUGACUGUUCUUCCCUGUGGCAAAAACAGUGUAAUAGCUCCUGUGACUGUCCAUAGACAUAUGGAAGCCUCAUAAUACGUUUAUUAUACAUAAUCUACCUCUGUUGUACAUAGCAUUAAUGUUAAUGUGGUCAAGCAGCUUCAUUUUUUUUUUUUUAUUAAAUGUGAUAUAUUAUACAUACUUGCUAAUAAUGUUAAUCAUUUUAGUAUCAGAAUUUUGGUUACUACCUACAUAAUGGUGCUCUUUCUUGAUUUCUGUACUUAUUUUUUACAUUAUUUUAGGAAGCUUAAUAGCAUAAUAUUAUACGUGAAUAGUAUAGCCCAGUCCAAACGGGAACAAACCUGCCUGACCAAAUCAGGUGGUGUGGACGCAAACGCCAAUUUGGCUCACAGAUUUCAACCGCCGAUAUUACCGAUAAAAUGGAGGUGCGGACGCAAGAAUACCAAUUUGUGACGCUAGUAUGCGCGUUUGAAGGCAUUCUUUUUAAUUCAGAGCGCUCAAAUAUCACCAUAAAUCUUAAACUGGAGAUUGACGCAAAUUUAUUUUCUGAUCAAAUCGACCGAUCCCGUCUGGACUGGCCUUAUGUUAACUGACGAGAAACCGCGCACGCGCAGGAUCGAAAUAGGUGGUGCUAUUUCGCAUCAGCAAUCACUGCCUCCGGGUCACUGAGCCAUUUAAUUUAGUUACUCGGUUUUUUUCAACUGAUCAUAUGCUCCAUCAUAGGCAUCAUAGCUAUUUAUUUAUGUACCUACUUUUGCUUCACGGAGAUUAUUUUUUGUGAUAAGCUUUCAGACUACAUACAAUAAGUAGGUAAUAAACGUUCAUCCUAUUGAAAUGUAUUUCCUAAAUAUAGUAUAUGAAUGUUCUCAAAUGAUUUUUACGCCUCACACCCUAAUCUGUUAAACAAAAGCCUUUUUCUUUUGUUCAGCGGUUACCAAUGCUACCGCUACUGACUGAACGGUAACAAACUCGUUUAAAAAUAAAUUUUACCAUCCUAUUUAUAUGGUUCAAAUUUAUGUAGCAGCUCUGUAUUCUGAGGCCACACACAAGCAACCGUUCGUCCUUCAUUACCCAAAAUCGUUAUCUCAGAAUGAGCUGUUACAUUUUGAACCUUAAUACUAUCACGAUAGUUGCUUUUUAACGACAUGGUUGCUUUGCCACUAAGGCGUGGCAAAGCAACCGUCCGUCAACUCGUGGCGACUAAGGCGCCUCUCCAUAAAAGAAACAAGGCUUUUGUUUAACGGAUUAGGGCCUGAGGCCUAAAAAUCAUUUGAAAAAACUCAUACUUUACCUAUGUUGGACUUGCUUUUGUUUUAUUUUUUGUAGCGCUAAUUGAUCAGCGUUCAGUUACGAAGGCUAGUUUGGCUUCUGUUAGACGCUAUUAGACAAAUUGUCACUAUGCAAUACAGGUCUAUUUGUAUGUAAGUUUUAUAUUUUAACUUUUUGUAUUAGCAUUAAGAUACAGUAAUUUUUAUUUCGAGAAUGUGCCAGUGCCUAAUGUAUUAUUAAAUUAAGUGGACAUACAUAUUUUUAAGACUGAAUUGGAUGUUGCAUUUACGUGAUGUAAGAAUAAAAUCAUUUUCUUUUGUAAAUAUUG